AUGUCGACUCCAUCGCCUCGUGUUAGACCCUCAGCUGAUCCAGGUUGGGAUUAUGGCCAACCACUAGUAAAUGAUAGAAACAGUGUGAAAUGUGAUCUGUGUGGUGUGAUCACAAGAGCUGGGAUUUUUAGGCAUAAGAAACAUCUUCUUGGUGGUUUUAAAGAUGUUACACUUUGUACUAAUGUUACUAAAGAAAUUCAAGAUAGAAUUAGGAAAUUCAUGGAUGAACAAUCAUCUAAGAAGAAAGAAAAGGAAAUAAUUACACCUGCGCCGCUGCCGUUGCGGCAAAUUGAGGGAUCUAAGAAACAAAUUGUAGUUUAUAAUGAUGGUGGUUAUGGUAGUGGUGGUGGUAGUAGUAAUACGCCGCCGCCGCGGGUGACUAGGGAGGUAGUGAAUUCUGUUGUUGGUGCUGGUGCUGGUGAAUUGGGUGAGAAAGGUGAAAUUAGGGAAUUUUUGGAAAAGGAUGUGGGCAAUGGUGAUGGGAAUAGAGAGAGUACAUGUGAAGUCAUUGCUAAUUUUUUCUAUGAGAAUGGGAUUUCAUUUGAUGUUGUGAGAAGUAAGAGUUUUGGUAAGAUGAUUGCGGCGGUUGGGGAGUUUGGUGCUGGGCUUAAACCGCCUUCGUAUGAGGAGUUGGCGGGUGGAAUGUUGGAGAAGAAGGUGAAGGGGGUGAGGGAAUGGAUUGAUGGGUUAAAGAUACAUUGGAAGAUUUAUGGGUGUUCUAUUAUGUGUGAUUGGUGGAAUGGAGAGAAUGGGUUAACGAUUAUCAAUUUUCUUGUGAAUUGUCCUAGAGGGACAGUUUUUUGGAAGUCGAUUGAUGCUACUGAACGGGUUAAGACGGCAGAGGGUGUGCUUGAGAUGUUGAAAGAGGUUAUCGGAGAAGUGGUGGUUACAGAUAAUGCGCCAAAUUUCAAAUGUGCUGGAAAGUGGUUGAUGGAACAAAUAAAGGUUGUUUGGACUCCAUGUGCAUCACACUGUGUGAAUUCGAUGUGUAAAGAAAUCUCUGAGGUGAAAAAAGUUGCUGAGGUUGUGAUGAAAUGCAGAAGAAUUACAGUAUUUAUGUACAACGAUGAUGAUGUGCUACAUAUGAUGAGAAAGUUCAUUAGUGGAGGAGAUUUAACGAGACCGAGUGUCAAUAGUUUCACUACUUCUUUCUUGUCGAUGGAAAGUAUUCUCAACCAAAAGUGGUCUAAAGGCAAUGAUGAAUUCAGAUGA